AUGGUAUCUCUCACUCGCGCACUCGCGCUCCUUCCAGCGUUAUUCACGACUGUCGCGUAUGCGGUUCAUCCUGUGGAGGUCCGUGGCCAGGAUUUUGUCGAUACGGUUACUGGUAAGAGGCUCAUGAUUGUCGGUGUUGACUACCAGCCCGGUGGUCAAGGAGCAUACAAGCCUUCCCAAGGCCUCGAUGCUCUGACAGACGCGGAUAUAUGUCUGCGAGAUGCGACGGUCAUGCAGAAAUUGGGUGUCAACACCAUCCGUGUUUACAAUGUUGACCCUACGCUUGAUCAUUCGAAGUGUGCUUCCAUAUUUAAUGCGGCCGGUAUCUACAUGAUCCUCGAUGUCAAUUCGCCCCUGCCUGGCGAGAGCAUCAAUCGUGCUGCGCCAUGGACUUCUUACAAUUCCGAUUAUCUCACCCGUGUUUUCGGAAUCAUUGAGAAUUUCAAGGGUUUCCCUAACACGCUUGCUUUCUUCGCUGCGAAUGAAGUCAUGAACGACUUGGAAACCGCAGAGUACAACCCUCAGUAUAUUCGCGCGGUCCAACGUGAUCUGAAGAACUACAUCGCGAAGCACUCCGACCGUACCAUCCCUGUUGGCUACUCCGCUGCCGAUGUACGUGAGAUCUUGCAGGAUACUUGGGCGUACAUGCAGUGCGUUCAUGACGAAGAUCAAUCUUCUUCUGACUUCUUUGGCCUCAACUCAUACAGUUGGUGCGGAGCUGAUGCCACAUUCCAAACCUCUGGUUACAGCGACCUGGUUACUAUGUUCAGCCAGUCAGCGAUACCAGUCUUUUACAGUGAAUACGGCUGCAAUCGCGUCCAACCCCGUGUUUUCAAUGAAGUCGAGACUCUUUACGGCGACCAGAUGACCUCCCUCAGCGGCGGUCUCGUUUACGAAUACAGCCAAGAAGAAGCAGACUAUGGCCUGGUCACCCUCAACACCAACGGCUCUGUCUCGCUCCGGAAAGACUACGAAAAUCUCCAGGAUCAAUUCAACAAACUCGACACUCAACUAUUACAAUCCACAAAUCCAUCCUCUACCUCCAUCAAAGCCCCACAGUGCAGCGACAGUCUGAUCACCGCGAAGGAUUUUAGCAAAAACUUCACGAUUCCAGCUAUUUGCCCUGGAUGCCAGGAGCUUAUAAAUGAUGGUAUUAAGAACCCCCAGAAUGGAAAGCUAGUCGAGGUCACCGACACCAAGGUCAGGCAAGAAGUUUACGCAUCGAGCGGCCAGCAGAUUCAGAACCUGGAGCUGACAAUCGUGGCGAACGACGGGUCUAACAUGCCUGGCGGCGAAAACAUGCGUCCGAGCUCCACAAGUGAUACUGGCACCGCGCCUCAGCCUUCUGAGACGAAGAAGGGUGCCGCUGCCAGACUUGGCAAACCUUCACUAUUGGUGGCCAGCAUUUUGACGGACUCGAUUUUCGUAUACAUGUUUGAGAUGGAUAUACCCUUUAUAUCAGGAAACGCGAGGAGCUGGUCCUGUGGAAACAGAGUUGAGACUUUGAUGGCUACGUGGCAUUUUAGAUGUAUGUAUAUGUGCGUAUUUGUUACUGUUGACUUGUACCAUGUAUGCAAUUCCAUAUUCAUGCUCGCGGUCCUACAAACCGUAAGAUAG